AUGAAGACGGGAGUCGCGUCCACGCUCCUCCUCGCGUUCGCCAUGGCGAGCACCGCGCUCGCCGUGACGAUCACCGUCAACAGCUCGCCCGCGCACACCGUCUCGCCCACGCUAUGUGCGCUAGGGCGCGCUGACACACGCAUACAGAGCGGCGAUGGCGGCCUUUACGCUGAGAUGCUGCAGAACAGGGCCUUCCAGCAGGUUACCCCGGGCACCUCUGCAGCUCUCAACUCCUGGGCGUCUCUCAACGGAGGAACUAUCGCCGUCGUUGCUGACUCGACGCCGGUCUCAAAGGCACUCCCGAACUCGCUCCAGCUCAAGGUCCCCACUGGGAAGAUGGGAGCUGUAGGAUUCACGAACUCUGGCUUCUUCGGCAUCAAGGUCGACUCCUCGUGGACAUACACCGCUUCUUUCUUCUUCCGCUUCCCGACCGCGUCCUCUUUCACGGGCGCGGCCACCGUCGGUCUGCGCUCGAGCACCGGCAGCACGCUCGCGUCCGCAACGACCACCAUCAGCGGCUCGCAGACGACCUGGAAGGAGGUCACGGUCACCCUCAAGCCGAGCGCGAGCGCGUCGGACCUGCAGAACACGUUCUUCGUGUCCCUCGACGGCGCCGCGGCGUCCGGGCAGACCGUCAACUUCGCCAUGUUCUCUCUCUUCCCGCCGACGUUCAAGGGCCGCAAGAACGGGAUGCGCAUGGACAUCGCCCAGGCUCUCGCCGACAUGGGUCCGCGCUUUUUCCGCUUCCCUGGUGGGAACAACUUGGGUCAGUCGUUCGCGCAGCGGUGGCAAUGGAACGCUACCGUUGGGCCACUGACCGAACGUCCCGGCCGGCUUGGCGAUUGGGGCUACGUCAACACCGAUGGGCUCGGUAUGCUCGAGUACCUGGAGUUCUUUGAGGACGUCGGGAUGGAGCCGAUCAUGGCAGUUUGGUCAGGCAAGUGCCUCUUCGCUCGGGUCUGGGCCGCUGCCAAUCUCCAGCCAUACAUCCAGCAGGCCAUUGACCAGAUCAACUUUGUUGUUGGUGACCCGUCGAAGAGUGCGGCAGCCGCACUCCGCUCUUCGCUCGGACACCCCGAGCCGUUCACCCUGAACUACGUUGAGAUUGGAAACGAAGAUUUCAUCAGCAGCCUUGCAUCGAGCACUUACACCUACCGCUGGACCGCCAUCUUCAACGCGCUCCACGCGGAGUUCCCUAACAUCCGAUUCCUUGCGACUACUGAUGUGGGCAGCCCGACCCUUUCACCGAAGCCGCCGUCGUAUGAUGUGCACGUCUACCAGACGCCAACGUGGUUUUUCCAAAACGCAUUCUUUUACGAUAGCUUCGCGCGUGACGGCACGACCUACUUUGAGGGCGAGUACGCGGCCAUCUCGACCAACUCGAGCAACAUCUUCGGCAGCCCGUCCACCGGUCGCCUGACAUUCCCGACCAUGGCGAGUUCCUCGGGUGAGGCUGCGUUUAUGACCGGGCUGGAGCGCAACAGCGACAUCGUGUUCGCCGCUUCGUACGCGCCGCUUCUCCAGCACAUCGAAUCCACGCAAUGGACACCCGACCUGAUUUCCUACGACUCCGGCGCCGUGAUCAAGUCGACGAGCUACUACGCUCAGCAGCUCUUCGCGACCAACAUCGGCGACGUCUACCUCUCGAGCACGCUCCCCACGAACGGCAACAGCCUCCAGUGGUCGAUCACGCAGGACUCGAGCACCGGCGACGCGUUCAUCAAGGUCGCCAACGCCGGCUCUUCCGCGCAAUCCUUGACGUUCGACCUCAGCCAGUUCGCGACGGUCGCGAGCUCCGGCACGCUCAAGCUCCUCACCGGCAACCAGACCGCGAGCAACACGCCGACCGCGCCGAACACGAUCACCCCGAAGACGAGCACGAUCGCGACCGGCAAGAGCUUCGCGUACAGCGCGCCCGCGUUCAGCGUGAGCGUCAUCACGGUCAACCUAAAGUGA